UUUGCUUCCAGCGCUGGGAAGACGCUGGUGGGGAUCUAAAGGAAGCGAGCACUUUCCUUUGCCUCCCUACCUUUCUCCCCCUGGCACGAAGGAAAUUUAAGGCUUUUUUGGAAUUUGAAUCCUGCCUGGACAAACUUCACCGGACAAGUGCAUCGUUCCGCAUUUCAGGAAAGGGAUGGAUUUUACGGCUGGAGAAUGCUAAAAGGUGAGAGGGGGAAGAAAAGCAGGAAUCUGAUUCAGCCAGAGCCCAUGUGCAGGCUAGGAUGUCCACCACGGCGGAGGGCACCUCUGAAGCUGUGGGAAGGGCUGCAAGCAAGCGCCUGAGGUCGGCACGAUCCACAUCCUAAAGCAGCCGGAACGUUGGGAACACGUGACUGACGCACUGACCCAGUGGCUGAAUCUCAGGCUGACGCUCUCCUGGGCUGCACCUCAUAAAAGCUGGUAACCAGCAGAGAAGAUACAAAAGCUAAAAUCACUAUGUGGAGCUGUGAAGCCGUGAUCAACAGUACCGAGAGCAGUGAGGACCACCAUCUCUGCCAUGACUUCCACCUUGUGCUUUCCAUCUUUUCCCUACUCUACCUCAUUAUAUGUUUCCCAGUUGGCCUUUGUUACAAUGGCUUGCUGGUCCUAGUUAACCUCUACAACAAAGCUACUAUGACUAUGCCAGAUGUUUACUUUGUCAACAUUGCCAUUGCCGGCCUCAUCAUAAACGCUCUGGCACCAAUGUAUCUUCUAGGUCUUGCCAAUACAAAAUGGGCCAUCUGGAAUUCUAACAAUGAAGUUUAUAUUACCUUACUUAUUUUAUUCAACGUCUCAUCUUUAGUUACCAUGUACUCAACUACAUUACUCAGUCUGGACUACUACAUUGAACGUGCUCUACCUAGAACUUACAUGUCAAGCGUGUACAACACCAAACACGUCUGUGGAUUCAUAUGGGGUGGUGCCAUGCUUACAAGUUUUUCAUCUCUCCUGUUCUAUGUCUGCAAUCAUGUCUCCACUAAAAUAAUUGAAUGUUCCAAGAUGCAGAACAAAGAAGCAGCAGAUGCCAUUAUGGUCUUUAUCGGGUAUGUUGUACCAGCUACCGCUGUACUGUAUGCACUUGUAUUAAUCUUGCGAAUACGCAAAGAGGCGACACCACUGGAUCAAGACACUGGACGAUUAGAUCCAUCAGUGCACAGGCUUUUGAUUGCCACAGUCUGUACACAGUUUACCUUAUGGACGCCCUAUUAUGUUAUUCUCUUGGUAAGCACAUUUACAAAUGCACAAGGAAGAAUUGCAGAUGAGAAUUACAGUCGAAUACUACAUUUUACCAAGAUUUUGUCAAAAUUCUUGGCUUUCUCAAGCAGCUUUGUAAUGCCUCUGCUCUACAGAUACAUUAACAAAAACUUUCCCAACAAAUUACGACGUCUGCUUAAGAAGAUACACUGUGGGAAUCAAGGGUGUUCUCAUGAGCACACAGUAGUACAGCAGGUCAUGACGUAGGUAUGGAAAAACCCUCUGCUGCUCUAUUAAUGCAGUACUUGCUGUACCAGUACUGGGACUGUGAUUUUGCUUGUUGGUACUCAGAGCCAUUAAUGUGAGAGUCCCAAGCAAUGGGCUAGAAGGAGCUUUCCAUUACAGUUCAAUGGAACAGUCUUAAUUUUCAAAUAGUUAAUUGUUUGCCGAAACCUUGUGAGACUCUGGCCUAUGUGCUGUAAUACCUGUGACAUCUAAUGCUUCCAGUGCACUGAAUGGGUUACAAAGCAAAAACUCUGUCUUCAUCGCUCUGAUAUUCCUGUCUGAAGAAAUCACUAAGCAGUUUAUUGAAGUCUUGACUGAAGACACAGCACCUUGUAUCUUGUAUAGGAAAAGGUAUUACCUUACUUUCUGUACAAAGAAGUAAUAGUGCUAUCCUUGAUGAAGUAAAUAGCAUUUUUCAAUGAAGAUGAUAUAGAUGAUCUUUACUAAAGAUCAUGUUAUCCAAUUAUACAUGUCAAAAUAGUAAAUGUGAAUUAUAAAUUAAAUUAUUUAAUUUCUUUCUC